AUGAAAACCUAUCCAAUGCCUGGUGGUGUACCGGUCUGGCGUGGCAAUUUGGAGGGUGAGAGAUUGGACGACCUGUUUGGCUUUAUUGAGGCCUUGGUCGUUUGUCCCAGUGAUAUUAUCCGCCCCUUCUUGCCUUAUAGGGAUAAGAAUAGUAAUACACUAUUAUUUCCAACAGGCCAAUUCGCUGGAGUUUAUUAUAGUGAGGAGUUUCAGUAUGCCAGGGAUUUGGGUUACACUAUUAUACCACUCCGGGGAUAUUUGUUUGAGAAGAAGGCCAGCCCCUUCGAAGCCUUUGUAUCCGAGCUCUAUGGCAGCAGACAAAGGGCUAAGAAGGAGGGUGAUGAGGCUAUGUCAUAUGUGUAUAAGACCCUAAUGAACUCCCUCUACGGUAGAUUUGGGAUAAAUCCUGUAAGUACAGUUACCGAGCUCUGCGAUAGAGAGAGAUAUGAGGAAUUUCUGAGGAAGGACAAUUUCACGUCCGCAAACCAGCUCACCGAAAAUUACUAUAUUGUUAGUUAUAUUACCAACAGGGCUGAGGAUAAGGAUUGGAAUCCCCCUAGGAUCUCGGCGGUUCAAAUCUCUGCAGCUAUAACGGCUUGCUCUCGUAUUAAUAUGUAUCAAUACAUUUCCCGAGACGACUGUUACUACACCGAUACCGACUCCGUGGUUCUUGGAAGCCCUAUUCCGGAUGAAGUAAUCUCUUCCACUGAGCUGGGUAAGUUUAAACUGGAGUACUUUGUCAAGAAGGGUAUCUUUUUAGCGCCUAAGAGUUAUUAUAUUUUGACAACUGAAGAGAAAAGAGUCCUGAAACAUAAGGGUAUAGCUAAAUCAUUGGUCAAUGAAGAAUGGUUUGAGACACAAUACGCUGAAUUACACAAAACUAAGCAGAUCCCUGUUCAAACUAACUUCCAAAUAGAUUGGGAAUCCCUGAACGUCAUGAAAAGGGAGAAAAUAGUGAACCUAGGCAUCAAAGUGAAUACCAAGAGGGAACCCGUGUUUGACAAUAACCAAACUUGGGUUGAUACAACACCAUUGAAUGUGACAGACUAUGCGGGACAAGAAAAAAGGAUACUAGAAUAUAACUUGGAGUGUCUUCAAAAAGAAAAUGCUAUGAAAGACAGAGAGAUUGAACAAUUAAGGUCUCUAAUAGCUAGUAUAUCUUCUGAUAGUCUCAGAAAAGAUGAGCAAGGCCGGAGUCAACCCUCGGACGAUCCCAAUAACCCCGCUAUUCAAAGCCACUCUUCACCUACUCUAUUCAAGCAUCCUCCGAUUAAGAAUAAGAAUAAGAAUAAGAAUAAGCAUACGUACAGGGGUAAGAAGAAGAAGAAAAAGCCUGGUUAG